GUUGAGUCCGUCGUCGUCGUUGUCGUUGCCGUCGUCAGACGAAGAGAAGAAACGUAGAAAAGCGGAAUCAUGAAUUAAAGGUAUCGCGGCAAAAGAUUAUCGUUCGGAUUAUCGUGCAUCGUGGUAAAUAAGAGGGGAAAAAAAAAGAAGGGUAGAAUGCGAAGAACGUUUAAGACAAGACUUCGUGUUCCUCGAUUAUAAAAUCAAAAAAUAAGAUUUUUUAUUAGUGAGGUAAAAAGUUUCGCUUGUUGCACGCAGUUGCUUAGGCGAUUAAAGGAAGGGUACCAUUUACAUGCGUACGUGCGUGCUAUAAAAAGUGUGCUAUGAGAGUGGACCGACGUCGAUCGUCGAGACGUAGAUUUUCCAGUCUCUUCGAUGAUGAUUCAAUGUUCCUAAAUCGAUCGACCUGAAGAGAAAAAAGAAAGAAAAAGAGGUGGAGUAAGGGGGGGAGAGAGAGAUCAUGGACUAUCCGGUUUUAAGUCACUACGACCCGUCCGUAACGGAUGAGACAGCCGGUAGUGGCGGAGACGAGCAAGAACUACUUUGGGGAGAUUCUAAUUAUGUUUUACCUGGCGAUGAGUAUGUACCUGCUUCGGAACAAUUUGGAGAUGAGUUUAUAGGAGCUGAAUUUCAUGAAACUCGAACAUUGCUCGCAGAUGGUGGAGAUAGGUUUGGUGUUUCUACUGCCACUUUCGAUACCAUCGAAGAACUUAUGUGGAUGGGAAAUCAAGGGGGUCACGUAACAUCUUAUUAUGGAUCUGGUGUACAAAAAUAUACAUCCUUUCAAGUACAUGCAACACAGGAGGUACGCCAAAUCCAUCCUUUAGAUGAGGGCAUUCUGGUGCUUACUCAAAGCAUAUUGCGAUAUCAAUUAAGACGUGGCAUACCAAUAUUUACACAUACAUCAUCAAACAUGGUAGAUAUGCAAUGUAUGCUUCAAAUUUCUCCAACUAGAAUGUUAAUGGGAGGACAUCAAGAAAAAUUAAUUGAUUUUAAUCUUACUAGAGGGAAGGAAACUGGAUUAGUUCACGUCGGAGAAAACGGUUGUGCAAUAUUAAGGCAGCAUAAUAGACUUAUAUGUGCUGGUAAUCCAGCAGGAAGAAUUGAUCUCAGGGAUCCAAAUACAUUGUCUAUAGAACAUACUUUUGAUACUCAUAGUGGUUCCCUUAGCGAUUUUGAUGUUCAGGGAAAUUAUCUUGUUACAUGUGGUUUCAGUAAUAGUCGUCAAGGUCUAACGGUAGAUCGAUUUUUGAUGGCGUAUGACUUAAGACAAAUGCGAGCUUUAAGUCCUGUUACAACGCUGGUAUAUCCCCUUCUAUUAAAAUUUCUCCCAAGCUAUUCCAGCCGACUUGCCGUUGUUUCUCCUUUAGGACAAAUGCAAUUGCUUGAUACAAUCUAUGCCAAUGUACAACCACCUUUGACAUGUUUAUAUCAGGUUGCUACUAAUGGAGCGAUGAUACUAUCAUUUGACGUAUCAUCUACAUCUCAAUGUCUUUGUUUUGGAGAUUCAGCAGGAUCUAUACAUUUAAUGUCCACAAAUACUUCUGAACCUCAGUUUAAUACAUUUUCUAGACCUACAGAAUUUGCUGAUCCUGUUGAGUCUCUUCAACCUAUUGCAUUUGAUGAUGAUCUUACACCAUUCAGUACAAUACCUGUGAUGUAUACUGAACAUCCAUUAUUAAGUGAUUGGCCAGAAGAAUUGUUAAAGAAGAUUUACAGGAAAACUCCUUCAAUUGAUCCUGAAAUUCUACGCACAAUCAAGAUGCAAGGAACAAUAGGUUAUGCGCCAAAUCCUCAGGCUUUUCGACGCAAUCAAAUACCUUACAAUUUGGAAAAACGACGUGGUGUAGUCACGAAACUUUUCGCGGCAGAUUCACGAGCUAAAACAGACGACGGAACUUUUGUGGCAAUACCAAAGCGUUACCGUAAAAUUGAGGUGAAAUAUUCACGAAUCGGUUAUGAUGAAUUUGAUUUUGAUCAGUACAAUCGGACAAAUUUUUGUGGUCUUGAAGCUACACUUCCAAAUAGUUAUUGUAAUGCGAUGUUACAGUUACUUUAUUAUUGUGAACCUGUAAGAACUGCAUUACUUUCACAUUCAUGCCAAAGAGAAUUUUGCUUGUCAUGCGAACUGGGAUUCUUGUUUCACAUGUUGGAUACAUCUCGUGGACUACCUUGUCAAGCAGCCAACUUCCUCAGGGCUUUUAGAACUGUCCCAGAGGCAGCAGCUUUAGGCCUUAUUUUAAGUGACUUACAUCCAGAGGCCAAAAGGAAAACAAGUUUAGUCAGAUUAAUACAGAGUUGGAAUCGAUUCAUUCUUCAUCAAAUACACUACGAAAUUCUAGAAACUAGAAAACGCCAGCAAGAAGAAGAAGAAGCUGCACGUUUGAAGUCGGGACCUAAAUGUGCACCGUUUGUCUAUAAUGAGCAAGACUUUCCUAGCAUUUUACAGGAUCUUGGUUCCCGGUAUAAAAGUCAUGAUAAAGAAAGGAAGAAAAGGAGAAAGCAAGAGGAGGAUGGUAAAUAUAUGUGGAUAACAUCGAAAGUUGAUCAGAGUAAUAAAAAAUCUCCUGAGGAAAAUGAAGUACGAGAGGAGGAAACGGAAAUCAGUCGACUAUUUGGUUCUGAACAAAUGCAUAUACAUCGUUGUCUGAAAUGUGGACAAGAAGCUACUAAACAUUCUAUCAUGUUAUUAUGUAAUUUAGUAUACCCUGAGAUAGUUAAUCCAUCAGAAGAGGUUCCAUUUACAAAUAUACUUGGACGAAGUUUAAGACCAGAAAAAAUUACACCUGCAUGGUGCGACGAAUGUCAGAAAUUCACGCCUACUCUACAAUCACGACAAUUGACCAAGCUACCUCAAAUAUUAGCCUUAAAUUGUGGCUUAGAUACACAACAGGAUAAAGCUUUUUGGCAAAAUCAAAUGGACAUCGUUGUCCGCAAGGUUUUGAGCGGUAAAGAAGCUAGCCCUUCAUCCAGUCCUGUUCCAAUUACUGUGAAACCAUGCAGAUACGGUAGUAAUUGUACCAGACUUGGUUGUAGAUUUAGACAUAUUGGCCGAGAUUCAGAAACGUCGACAUUAUCACCUGUUACACCUCCCAUAGCUACAACUAAUUCGUCUAUUUCAACGCCUCCGAGUCAUUUGUACUAUUCUCAUUCAUGGAUUCCUCAUAAUAUAGAAAUUUCUAUAAGUGAAAGCGGCGAAAUGUCGGUUGAAAAAAUUACUUGUCCAAAGAUCGACGAUACUACUGCACCUAAUUUAUUAGAAAAUGGACAAGGUAAUAACAAUACACAAAGGACAUCAAGUACUAUAGAAAUAAUUCAAAAUAAAAAUGAAAGUGGAAGUGCAGAGAUAGAAAACAAAGGGACAGUAAAUAUUGAAGAACAAAUAUCUAGUUCGACGAGUAAAGUUCAAUAUAGCCUUAGUGCGGUUGUGUGUUAUGUGGAUGAUAAAAAUAAUGAAGAAAGAAGAAACCUUGUCGCCUUAUUACGUGUUGGUCCGAGUUACCAUAAACGAUCAACAGGAAGUGCGGUUUCUCAAUGGUAUAUCUUUAACGACUUUUGUAUAUCUCCAGUUACACCACAGGAGGCAGUUUGGUUUAAUCUUGAUUGGAAAGUUCCAUGUGUUCUUCAUUAUACAGUAAUUCCAGCUCCUGAACCAUCGACAUUCGUAAGUCCACUUACAUAUGAUGUCUUCGGGGAAGACAAAUGCAUUGCACGUAGUGGAGGAACAACUGGUAUCACGUUUACACCUCUUUCAUCGGAUGAAAUGCCCAAGAAAGGAGAAUUAGUUGGAAUCGACGCUGAAUUUGUUACUUUGAAUCAAGAGGAAUCAGAACUUCGAAGCGAUGGAAAAAUGUCUACGAUUAAACCGAGUCAUAUGUCUGUUGCGAGGAUUACUUGUAUACGAGGACAAGGUCCACUCGAAGGUACACCGUUUAUAGAUGAUUACAUUAGCACACAAGAACAAGUGGUUGAUUAUCUUACGAAAUUCAGUGGAAUCCAACCUGGAGAUUUAGAUGCCAAUUUCAGUAGUAAACAUCUUACAACGCUCAAAUCGACAUAUCAAAAAUUAAGAUUUUUAGUGGAUAAUGGUAUUAUAUUUGUUGGUCAUGGAUUAAAGAAUGAUUUUAGGGUAAUUAAUUUGGUCGUGCCUCCAGAGCAAAUAGUAGAUACAGUAUGGCUGUUUCAUCUACCUCAUCAUCGUAUGGUAUCGUUACGCUUUCUAACGUGGCAUUUCUUAGGUAAAACCAUACAAUCUGAAACUCAUGAUUCUACGGAAGAUGCUCGAUCAGCUCUGGAGUUAUAUCGUAAGUACAAAGAACUGGAAAGUUCAGGCAAAUUAGCAGAGAACCUCAAAGAACUUUAUACCGUUGGGACCCAAUUACAAUGGAAAGUUAGUAUCUUAUUUGUAAUAAUAUUUACAAUUUAUUACCUUCACAAUUAAACCAAACCUUCUUCAUCAUUCUAGGUACCGGAUAGCUGAUAUGAGGUUAGUGAGUGUAAUUAUGAAACUGAGAACAUUGAAUCAGAAAAUGAUAAUGAGGUCCAAGUGAUAAAUGCAUUUGAGUGUAUAAUAGGCCAAGUAAAUAGUUCAAAAAUUAAUUCGCCUGACAAAGUUUAAAUUUAAAUGAUAACCCAAUUUUGUCAUUCUUCUUUUUAUCUUUUUUUUUUUUUUGCUUUGGUUUCUUUCCUUUCUUUUCACAUCUAAAUCGAUUAUCCAUCUGUCAUCGAUAUAAAAAAUUAACUUUACAGAAACGAAUAUGCGAGCGAAUAUGAACAAUUUUUUAAAGAUGAUAAAAUUAAAAUUACGGGUAUAUAAAGUUGAUAUUCGUUUAAAAAAAAAAAAAAUAGGUGCAAGAAAAAAGGUCUUUGUUUAAUUUUAUUAAACAAAGAUUAAGAUUGAAAAAAUCUUUGUUUAAUUUGCACCAAUAAAAGGAAUUUGUCAUUUAUCAUGAUUCGUUAUCAAUAAGGUUACGAAUUCUUGUUACAUCGAAAUUGAUUAUAAAAGAUCAUUUUAUAAAUCCUUUAAAUAAUUAAAAAUUAUGAAAUUUCCUGUUGAUUAGAAUUCAAAAAGACUGUGUCUAAAUUGUUAAUAAUCAAUAGUUAAUUGUAUAUAAUGUUCCAUACCAUAUUAGCAUAUCGAAGAUCAGAAAUUUGUUCACGUUAAUUCAUAUGUUCGACGUUUCUUUUAAAUUGUCAUUGUACUAAUGUCGACAAUAUCGUUAUCCCUGUUGAUUCGAAACGAACUUUUAAUGUGUAUACAGAAAUAGUAAAUCAGUAUCAGAUAAUACUAUAUCUGUGACAGAAUAAUAUUUACACGAUCGUAAUUAUUUCCUUUCAAAUGUACCGAAAAUGUACAUAAUACUUUUGUAUCAUCUUAGGGUACAAUGAUUAAUGUAUUUUUUUAUAAUCUUUACUUCUUCCGAUGAAUUUUAGUUCUCGUAACGAUCUUGGCGUCUUUAUUUAUUCCAGGCGAUCGAAACAUCGUCGGCUAAUGACUCUAUCUUUUUAUAUGAAACUUUCGAAACACAAACACAUUCAGGAGAUAGUGAUAUAUUUUACAAAAAUAAAAACAAUUGUACUCAUUAUAGAUUAUUUUUGUAUACAUUUUAUCAAUGGAAAAUAUUGAAAAUAAAGUCAAAAUCUAUUGCAA